AUUGGGAUCCAUUGCUCCUUCUCACUCUGUAGAAGAAAACGAGUCUGCCACCAGUCAGCCACAGAGAGAGAGAGAGAGAGUGCCUCAAACAUGGCAGCAAUGGCUUGGAGGCUUCCUACCCAGCUGGCAACACCCGGUAAACUCCAUCAUCAUAAUGACUCCAAAACGACGGCAUAUCAGAGCUCAUUCUCAUGGUGCCGUACGUUAGCUGCCGACCAUCUCCUUCCUUCUUCAUCAUCAUCUUCUUCUUCUUCCCGCUCCACCAUUAUAGGAACUAAUACGCGGCGUUUAGUGAGAUGUACGGCCAGGGCAGGGGUUGGGGCUGUGAAUCUUGCUCCAGGGACUCCUGUGAGGCCAACCAGUAUUCUAGUGGUUGGUGCCACUGGGACUUUGGGUAGGCAGAUUGUGAGAAGAGCAUUAGAUGAAGGCUAUGAUGUUAGGUGCCUGGUUAGGCCUAGACCAGCCCCUGCUGACUUCCUCAGAGAUUGGGGUGCUACUGUUGUCAAUGCAGACCUUAGCAAACCAGAGACCAUACCUGCAACUUUGGUUGGUAUUCAUACUGUCAUUGAUUGUGCCACUGGCCGUCCGGAGGAGCCCAUCAAAACGGUAGAUUGGGAAGGAAAAGUUGCUCUUAUACAAUGUGCAAAAGCAAUGGGAAUCCAAAAAUUUGUAUUCUAUUCUAUCCACAACUGUGACAAGCAUCCCGAAGUUCCCCUUAUGGAGAUCAAGUAUUGCACUGAAAAGUUUCUCCAGGAUUCAGGCCUAAAUCACGUUAUAAUUCGUUUAUGUGGAUUCAUGCAAGGGAUUAUUGGGCAGUAUGCGGUACCUAUAUUGGAAGAGAAAUCAGUUUGGGGAACAGAUGCCCCCACAAGAAUUGCGUACAUGGACACUCAGGAUGUAGCUCGCCUGACCUUUGUAGCUUUAAGAAAUGAGAAAGUCAAUGGGAAGCUUCUCACAUUUGCUGGCCCUCGAGCAUGGACAACCCAAGAGGUAAUAACAUUGUGUGAAAGGUUUGCGGGGCAAGAGGCAAAUGUAACUACAGUCCCAGUCUCUGUCUUGAGAGUAACCCGUCAGCUGACUAGGCUUUUUGAGUGGACAAAUGAUGUUGCUGAUAGAUUGGCAUUUUCAGAGGUUCUUUCAAGUGAUACUGUUUUCUCUGUUCCAAUGAACGAGACAUUUAGUCUUCUUGGUGUUGACGGAAAAGACAUAGUCACACUCGAGAAAUAUCUGCAGGACUACUUCACCAACAUUUUGAAGAAGUUGAAAGAUCUCAAAGCACAAUCUAAGCAAUCUGACAUUUACUUUUGAAAAAGGAGCAUUGUAUAAUUGUAAAUGAAGCCAUGUAUGUAUCGACAAGUCUGAUGAUACCUGAUAACACUCAUGCAGAGGUAUUACACUUGAAUUGGUUUUUUCCUGCAUCACCUUUCCUUCUUUUGUGUUCUAUUGUUCACAUAGUUCUUGUAGAAUCUCCAUAUUUUUUGCUUCUUUAUAUAGUCAAUUAGAGAGCAAAAAUUCAGAUGAGAUGCUUUCAAA